UGAGGGGAACAACCCCAAUGUAACGGGUACAUCUGUAAGACUGAAAGAAACAAGAGUUGAUCACUAAUUCAGAAACAGACAGGUAGUCAGACAGACAGGCAAUCUGAUGCCAACGGUCUCCUCUGUGACUCUCCUGGGACGACUCCUCCUGCUGUUGCUAUGGGCACCCCACCUCACCAUGGCAACCAACUGGCUUUCUCUGGCACGUCUGCCACGCUCACGUCCUGUGUCUGGUGCAGAACCAUGUGGCCGACUGAGGGGGUUGACACCAGGCCAAGUUGGGGUGUGCCGGGCACGGUGGGAGGUCAUGGAGUCUGUGCGAAAGGCUGCAGAGAUGGUCAUUGAGGAAUGUCAACAUCAGUUCCGAAACCGGCGCUGGAACUGUUCCACCACCCCUCGCGGGAUCAAUAUUUUUGGACGAGUCAUGAACCAAGGUACCCGUGAGGCGGCUUUUGUCCAUGCUCUUUCAUCAGCAGCAGUUGCUGUGGCUGUGACUCGGGGUUGUAGCAGGGGAGAACUGGAGAGGUGCGGCUGUGACCGAAAGGUCAGGGGGGUCAGUCCUGAAGGUUUCCAGUGGUCAGGUUGCUCUGAUAAUCUGUCCUAUGGCGUUGCACUCUCUCAGACCUUUGUGGACGAGCCAGAGAGAGCUAAGGGCAUGUCGUCAGGGCGACCGCUAAUGAACGUUCACAAUAAUGAAGCAGGACGGAAGGCAAUCCUCCAUAACAUGCAGGUUGAGUGUAAGUGUCAUGGUGUUUCGGGGUCCUGUGAGCUCAGAACUUGCUGGAAGGUCAUGCCUCCGUUCCGCCGGGUCGGUGCUGUGCUGAAAGAACGCUUUGAUGGGGCCACAGAGGUACGGCUGACACGUGUGGGCUCUCGCACAGCUCUCCUUCCACGGGACCCCCAAGUGAAGCCACCAGCCGCACGGGACCUGGUUUACCUGGCUCCUUCACCAGAUUUCUGCCGCUUGGAUCCAGACAAUGGCAUUCCUGGCACUGCAGGACGACGUUGUAAUGGAACCUCACGGUUGGCACCAGAUGGAUGUGAACUGUUAUGUUGUGGCCCAGGUUUUCGAGCAGGCAGGGCUGAGGUGGUUCAGCGCUGCUCCUGUAAGUUCUCCUGGUGCUGCUCAGUUCGCUGCCAGCAGUGUAAGAACACAGUGCUCAUACACACCUGCCGAGAAUGAGACAUACCUGGAAAAAACACACAACCACACCAGAAGCACCUCAUCUCAUGCCAGCCUGCAUUAAUUCCCACAUGAUGAAUAACAAACCAGCUCCAUUUAAAACAUCCUGCAUCAUGUCUCAUUUUUGGUGACUUUAAAGUUCUUUCAGAUGUGACAUUACAUUAUACAGUUAUUUUAUUCUGCAAUUGCAUUUUUGCUGAAAAGCAAAGUGUUGAACUUGAACAUACAGGCACUAUUACAUUUCUUAAAUGCUCAAAUACACAUAAAAUACAAAACCAUUAACUAACUUGCUCAGACAACGCUCUUAAAGGCUGAGAUUAACCUCUGAAUAACAGCAGAAAAAUGUUAGUUUAGUCUAAGGCCUUAGCAUUAAAUUCUAGUCAAGAGUUGCUCUCUCCCGGUUUACUGUAUUUAUAAUUUCUUUUCAGUUUUGCUGAUUGUGUUUAUUUAUUUGAGUUCAUCAUGCCUUAUCUCUGAAUGGAAAAUUCCACCUGCAAACUCUCCGGCUUUAGCUGUUUUGUUUCGGCUCGUUCUGUUGCAUAGAGGCUCAUUUAUUGCCAUUGUCUCAUUUUUAUAAUCUAUAUGGCCUAAAAUAAAGUUGUUUGACAUCCUACAUGUAGAAAGAUGCCGUUUUGUUCAUUAUGGAUUGACACAUUUUAAAUUAAUAAAUUAAAUUCAAAAUGCUGGGGUCAGUACGAUUUUUAAAAACGGUUUUAAAAGUCUCUUAGGGUCACCAAAACUACAUUUAUUUGAUCAAAAAAUACUUUUACAGUCAAAAC